AUGCUUGUGGCAGCUGCAACUUCCUGCAACUUCUCUUGUGUGCUAAAUCUGUGGUCCCUUGUCUCGCUCAUUUUUGUUUAUUAUCUCGGAGCCGGUCUCUUCUUUACUGAUUUGCUCUUGGAGGUCACUCUCCCAAACUAUGGAGCUUUCGAUCCUCCCGCAUUGAUCUACUGGUUCCCGAUGGGUUCGCUCGGUAGCUUCCUCUUCGUUUACGCGCUUGGUGGAAUCACCUUCAUUCCACUCGUCCUAUCUUUUAUCCUCCUUUACGCCUAUUUUACUCUUCCGUCCGCGUCGCAACUGCAGCAAUCAUGCGAGAAAGCGCCCGAUCCCGUACGCCAGCCGAGCGAUGACGAUUUUAGUCUUAAGUCUGGCACCGAUCAGCUAGCAGAGAAAUUUCACCGCACCCACGAGUCUGAUGUUGCCGCCGGAUACUUUGCUGUCUGUCGUGAAUAUGUUACUGGUGGUGUUAAUGGAAAGCCUCCUGAGAGAACCACUCCCGCCGGGGAGGUCGUUGCGACCGAAAGUCCCAGCGUUUACCAGACUAUGUACCGCAGUCUAUUCGAUCGAAAGCAAGCACCGAGUAUUGAGCCAGCCAAAGCAAAUGGCAAAACAACCAAGCGGGCGCGGAAUGUCUUCUAUAUUGUGCUUCGGCACGGCCACUUAAUGCUCUAUGACGAUAUGAACCAGGUAGAAGUGCGCUAUGUCAUCUCCCUUGCUCACCAUGAUGUGACGAUAUAUGGCGGAGAAGGGGACAUCCCCGAAGGAGAGCUAUGGCUCAAAAGGAAUGCCAUCUGCCUCUCCCGGCGACUGGAAUCCCUUGGAGAUUUGGGAGGACCGACUCCGCCGUUUUAUCUGUUCUCUGAGAAUCUCUCUGAAAAGGAAGACUUUUACAUUGCCAUGCUGCAGAACCAAAACCGGCUCUGGGAUUCAGCUGAUCGCCCACCCAAGCCGCAGGAAUUCGAUACUAAACAUAUUGUCACUCUGGUUCAGCGUCUACACUCCUCCGAAGAGCAAUUGCAAACUCGCUGGAUCAACGCUUUCCUAGGAAGGUAUUUCCUAGCGUUAUACCGAACCCCCGAGUUGGAGGAAUUCGUGCGGAGCAAGAUUGUCAAGAAGAUAUCUCGGGUCAACAAACCGAACUUCAUCAGCAAGAUUGGCUUGCAAAGAAUUGAUAUGGGCGAAGGAGCUCCAUUUAUCACGAACCCAAGAUUGAAAGAUUUGACGGUAGAUGGGAACUGUUGUGUUGAAGUUGACCUUCAAUAUACGGGGAACUUCCGGGUUGAAAUUUCGGCGACUGUCCGUAUCGACUUGGGCCCUCGUUUCAAAGCGAGAGAGGUCGACAUUGUCCUGGCUGUGGUUUUGAAAAAACUGGAAGGCCAUUUAUUGGUUCGAUUCAAGCCUCCACCCAGCAAUCGUAUGUGGAUGUCGUUCCAAACCAUGCCGAAGAUGGAGAUGGAUAUUCAGCCCAUUGUCAGCUCAAAGCAAAUCACCUAUAGUCUCAUUCUGCGAACAAUCGAGAGUAAGAUUCGCGAAGUGGUGGCAGAGAGUAUUGUUUUACCUUUCUGGGACGACGUCCCAUUCCACGACACCUUGAACCAGGCAUUCCGCGGUGGAAUCUGGCAACAAGAUACUCCAGUGUCAACCGCCCAGGUAGAGAUACCUGAUGAAUCCGGUGAAGCUCCUCAGACUCCGAAGAGCAUUGGCAGUGACUCCAUCGAAGUCCUUAAAUCCAAGGACGAUCGCACGAUGAGCAUGCCUAUCCUUUCAGAGCCUGCAACAGCUAAGAAAGAGUCGCGAAAAGGUCUUAGAACAAGCCACUCCGAUUUGCAGCCAAAUGGUUCAAUUGCCAAGUCAACCGGGGUCGAGAGACCAGACAGUACACCGCUACCGCGAGCGAUUCGAUCGCCGACUGUUUCCCACGCCGCAGACCCCGUUGUUACCGCCGACAAUGCGAAAGGUGACAAGCGUGUCUCGGAUAACAAAGGCGAGGAGAAAAGUCAUGCAGCUAGCGCCAUGAUUGAGAUAUCAAAUCGGUCUCCACCUACAUCGCCCAACCGCACUCCUGGCAGCUCGCCGCCCACAGCUGACAUCACGAUACCGGAAAUCGCAGUUCAUAGUCGUGAGUCAUCAAUUGCAGACUCUAACGAGAGCUUGAGCCUUGGCAAAGACACUGUAAUACAACGACCCUCUUCCACUCGCCUGGAGGGCGGGUCUUUCUCCAGCUUGAGGAGUUCUCGGGCCAGUUCAUCCACCUCGGUGGUCAGCGACUCCGCUCGACGACGGAGCACCAUCGAAACUAUCACCAAACCGUUCACAGCCAACACAAGGACUGAUGACAAGCCAUCUGGGUCCAUGACCAUUGGAUCGGCCACUGCCGCCGCCAAGAAAUGGAGUAUGAGUGUGUUCGGAAAGGGUGACCAUACUUCUACUCAGGAAUCAUCGCGAGUAUCCUCUGGAACGCCCGAUCAACCGAUUGGGCGUGGGCAUCCUCAUCCACCACCUGGAAUGCCAUUGCCUCGUCCUGACAAAUAUGCUUUGAAAAGAAAUUCCGGUACGACCCCCAAGCGGAAACCUGUGGCAACAAGCACAACAUCCGAACGCCCCAGGACAGCAGACAAACAACAUCCACCAUCAGUUUUGCCUCGCAGGAAACCAAUGCCACCUGGAGUGCAUGUUGGUGAAGGCACUGAUGAGUUGCUUAUCGUGGAGGCACUUCAUGACUCCGAGCCAAACAGUCCAGCCCCUGGUGAUCUGGAAACCGACCAGAGUCUUAGGGUUCCAACUUCUGUCGAAGGCGAGAAUUCAUCAAAGGCUAAACCAUCUGGGGCUCAUAGUGACGAGAAUGGAGGGCACGAGGAUGCAUCUGAUGUUGGAUCAUUGCGCUCUGUUGAUCAGAGGCCAGAUUCGACCUUAGACAGCAAUGAGAUUUUAGCUGCCGGAAGAGUGGAGGAACCUUCAUCGUAA